AUCCGUUCUAACCGCUUCUUCUUUCUCUCUUUUUUUCAUUUCCUUCGAUUCUCUCUCUCUAUACCUUACCCUUUAUUAUCACCCAUUUCUUCAUUUCCCCUUUCCCUCAAAACCAAACCCUAAAAACCAAAAUGUGUUCGUUGUUGGGAUCGUAAUCGAGUGCGGGCGAUAACAGUUUCGUGAUUCGCGCGCCUCUUUAUCAUUUCGAUUUCAAUUCCAAUGGCGAAAGAAACUGCUACAUUGUUCUGAUUCAAUUUUUUUGUUUGUUUCUAUCAUGUCUGAUUUGGUUGCUCGUACGGGUCGGCAUCAGCAACGCUAUGAGGACGGUUAUCGUCUUGUUGCUGGGUGUGUUCCCUUUAGGUAUAAAAGUUGUGAAGACGACUCUAGUUCUGAGAAGAUUGUUGAAGUGCUUCUGAUUAAUUCGCCUAGUGGGCCAGGUCUUUUGUUUCCAAAGGGAGGUUGGGAGAAUGAUGAAACUGUUGAAGAGGCUGCUGUAAGAGAAGCUAUAGAAGAAGCAGGAGUUCGAGGUGAUCUAAUGGAUUGUCUUGGAUGCUAUGAGUUUAGGAGUAAGACCCACCAAGAUGAGUUCAGUCCAGAAGGAUUGUGUAAAGCAGCAAUGUUCGCUUUGUUUGUCAAGGAGGAACUUGAGCUGUGGCCUGAGCAAGAUACCAGAAAUAGGAGUUGGUUGGCUGUAUCCGAUGCACUUGGAAGCCUUCGACAUGCGUGGAUGAGGGACGCUCUGGAACGCUUCUGCAAAUGGCACGAGGAAAAGUUUGUGGUUUGAACGAAAGGAUUUACCUGAUAUUAGACUGAUUGCUGACAAUUUAUUUUUAGGGGAUUGAUAUUUGAUAAAAAUACAUUUGUUGGGGUAGUUACUUUAGGAAGUACUAUAAGUUUGAUCAGAAUUGCUUAGUUAUUGUUUCAGGUCUGCGGAAUGAUCUCUGAUUCUUUAGAUUCAGAGUAAUUCAUGACAUUCAAUAUUGAUGACAUUAUUGUUCUUUUAGUUUGUAUCUGUGUGUACACCUAUAAUGUUUGAUUUACUAGAUAUUGAUGUUGAU